AUGGCGGACGCGGAAGAGAAUAGGAUCUUGAAUGAAAUUGGAAAACCGUCACUCGAUGGUUUACCUGCGAGCAUCAAUGCACCGACAAUCGACAAUAAUAAUUUCGAGAUCAAGGCUGGCACUAAAUCGAUGUUGCAGAAUGCGAUACAGUUUUAUGGCAAGGAUCACGAGGAUACUAGUGUCCACAUCGCGGGGUUUCUAGAGGUUUGUGCCAUGUUUAGGAUUCGUGAUGCAUCACCGGAUGCUAUCCGCCUUCGGCUCUUCUCGUUUUCUUUACGGGAUAGAGCCAAGGAGUGGCUUCUUUCACUUCCAGCUGGAUCUAUCACCACAUGGAAUAAAUUAGCUGAGAAGUUCCUUCAGAAAUAUUUCCCUCCAGAGAAAACUGUUCGGUUGAGAAACAAGAUUCUGAACUUUCGUCAGGACGAGGACGAGUCCCUUUACGAGGCAUGGGAGCGUUUAAAAGAGCUUAUGAGAAAGGUCCCACAUCACGGGUUGCCCAAGUGGCAACAAUGUCAGAUCUUCUACCAUGGUUUGGACAGUCAGGGACAGAUGAUGGUUGAUACAUACUCGGGUGGUGAUAUCGGCACGAAAAAUACCACCGAGGCAUUUGAGAUUCUGGAAAAGUGUGCCGUGAAAAACCAGACGCAACAGCCCCUGAGGGGAAAGAGUUCUCGGCAGGGAGUUCAUCAUGUGGACGACUACACAGCCAUGAUAGCAUGUAUGGACACCUUAUCUUCGAAAUUUGAUCGAGUGAUGGAAAUGCACUCGAGAGGUUCUUCGAGUGGGGGAGCAUAUCAGGUAGGUGAUUUUUCGACGGGAGAGAUGUCACACGAGCAUGUUGAUUUCAUGGGAAACCAAUACUGUGCUCAAAAUAAUCCCUACAGCAAUACUUAUAAUCCGGGGUGGAAGAAUCAUCCAAAUUUUAGUUGGAAGCCUGACGCUUCUAACCAGCAUCCGCCUGGAUUUGCUCCACGUCCCACAGCUCCAGUUCAUGGAGCAUAUGGUCCACCUCGACCUCAGCAGGCACCUUCUUCUAGUGAUCCCAGUGUGCAUGAUAUGCUUAGUCAAAUCUUAGCUGGUCAAAACACUCAAAAGGCAGAGAAUGAGAAGCGCUUUAGGGAGUAUGACGGCCGUUUCACGAGGCACGAGAAGCCUAAUCCAAAUGCUACUGCAAAGGCCAUCACGUUGAGAAGCGGAAAGACCGCUCAAGCCAUCCCUCCGGCUGUCCCAGAAAAGCCAGUCGAUGACGAUGAGGUUGAUAAGGAGAUUGAGGCUGAGUCUCUGGGUGAGGUGCAACAGAGGCGAGUCCCAGCAAGUACCGCACGACCCAAGGAGCCAGUGAGAGAGUAUGUCCCUCCCAUUCCAUAUCCGGGGAGGUUAAAGAAGCAAAAAAUGGAAGAACACUAUGGUAAGGAACUUCAUAUAAAUUUACCAUUUGUCGAGGCACUUGCUCAAAUGCCUAAGUAUGCCAAGUUUCUGAAGGAUAUCCUAUCCAACAAAAAGAAACUUGAGGAGCUUUCGCAGGUGACCUUGAAUGAGGAGUGUUCAGCGGUUCUUCAGAACAAACUACCGAAGAAGAUGAAUGAUCCUGGGAGUUUCACUAUCCCGUGUUUGAUUGGUAGUUUGUCGGUCAACAAUGCAUUAGCUGAUCUUGGAGCUAGCAUAAACCUCAUGCCAUAUCCGGUUUUUACUAAGCUAGACUUGGGAGAGUCCAAGCCGACUCGUAUGAGCAUUCAGCUAGCCGACCGUUCAGUGAAGUACCCUUGA